AUGUUGUCUAGUGAUGUUCCGCUCUCGGGAGAUAAAACUUGGCCUUCGGAGUUUGUUGCUAUAAAAUCGGAACCCCCACUGGAUAUCGUGGACGACUUUCACCAGCAUAAACAACCGGGAAUCUCGGGAACUGUAAUCGAAUCAGCCACAGUCACCGUGAAAGACGAAGGUCCUGAACGUGAUGUUGCAACAGGACUUCAAGAAUAUCGCUGCGAUCAUUGUCCUAAAACGUACACCAUAAAAUCUUCGCUGUAUUAUCAUCAGCGCAAAUCGCAUGGAACUACGCCCGGUCAUAAAAACACCGCUUUUUGCAAUGUUUGCAACAAACAUCUCGAAUGGAAGAAAAUUACUAGUCACAAGCGUAUCUGUCAUGCUAAUGUAAAACCGCACGUUUGUGAUCAAUGUGGUCAAUCAUACCGCGAAAGAGAAUUGCUGGAUGAUCAUAUAGCUCUGAAACAUGGAGGAAGACCUCGUUACGAAUGCGAAUUCUGUUUGAAACAAUUUUUCUCGAGGGAUAAAUACAGCAAACAUCGUCCUAGAAAACACCCAACAGAGUACCGAGCAAUAAGGAAAAAAAUGGUUCCAGCCAAUCGUAUUUACUAUGAAGCAGACCGAACCAGCUCUGUGUCAUUCAAAUGUGCCUCUUGUGGUACUAACUUCCCGAUUCAUCAAGAACUCGAGAAACAUAUCGUGACAGAACACCCGGGAACAAUUGUCUAUAGUUGCGAACUAUGUGGCGGUGUAUGUUCAACCAAAGCGUCCUUCGUAGAUCAUUGUGCUGUGAAACAUUCCAUUGACAUUCGGUACGAUUGCGAUCUAUGCGGAGAAGAGACUAAUAACGAAAAAGCAUUCAAUGAACACUGUCUGGAGCUUCACCCAGAUGAAUACGCUCAACUUGUACAGAAUAUAAAGCUUCAAUCCACCGCCAAAAAGCCGACCAAGAAAAAGAAUAUGUGUGUGGAAUGCGACAGAACGUUUUACUCUAGAAAGAAUCUUUUGGACCAUGAAGCGUCAAUACAUUCCGGGAAACCCAGAUACGAGUGUUCGAUUUGCCAGACGCAAUAUUUCCACGAUACGGAGUUGAGUCGGCACCGAAAAUCUGAGGCUCAUCUGGCGAAGGUAGCCAGCAGCAUGAAUGGGGGGGACUGUGCCCAAUCCAGUCCGAAGAAAACACACCCUUGUAAACAGUGUGAUGUAAGGUGCCACACUAAAAGGGCACUCGUCAAACAUAUUGCUUUGAAUCACGGCGGUCAUUACAAGUGUAAAUAUUGUGAAAAAACUUUCUUCCAGGAAAAGACCUGCUACCUUCACACCAAGACACACCACAGUGAACAAAUGCAUAAUCUUUACGAUUGCAUCAAAUGUGACAAAAAGUAUUCAAGCAAAGCUUUGCUAGAGGACCAUUUUUCGAAGGACCACUUGGGAAAGCCCCGUUACGAGUGUGAGUUUUGCGGACAACAGUUCUUCAUGAGAGCGUUGUACUACAAACAUCGGAAAACUGCUCAUAAGGAGCAGUAUGCCGAUUUGGUUGGCGCAGCCAAGUGUACCUUGAACCAACUCUACUCUAUAAAUGGCUGCGUGGUUAUAAAAAAUGAAGUUGUUACAGAUGAAUGA